ACGCGCUCAGGACGCGCUCGAGGUCGAACAGGAAAUAUGGAUGAGGACACAGAGGCCGCUGAUGCCAGAUUGAAGUCGGCUGUCUGGUUUCACACCGGCGAACUGAUUGACCACCUCGCACUCACUCUCGACGCAAACACUACACCGCAGUUCAUUGCAGCGCUCGCACAACUCGUUUUCGAACAGGCGCAGCUUGUUGCUGGAGAUGCCGAGUCAUUUGCUAGACAUGCGGGUCGAAGGACUAUUGGAUGUGAUGACGUUCUGUUGUGUGCCAGAAAGAACGACGCUCUUCACGAAAUGCUGAAAGAUAUGAAGAAGGAUCUUGAGAGAGAGGCUGGAAGUGGCGCAAAGAAGAGGAAGGAGAACGCAGCUGCCCCAGUGGAGCACCGAAGUAGUGGAACAGCUACAAGCAGUGCUGGACCGGCACCCAAAAAGAGGCUUGGCGUUGGGAAGAAGAAGACUUGAAGAUAGAGAGGAUCCGUGGCGAAUGUACGAUAGAUGUGCGGAAGAUGCAAUAUACCCAGAUAAAUGCGCCG